GAUGUAAAAUGUAGUGGUAACUGGAUGUGGCCAGCUAAAUUACCAGGAGAGGGAGUAAAUCUAUAUAUAGCUUGCCAGGCAAUGUGUCAGGUGAUGAAGGAGCUCGGUAUAGCUGUGGAUGGUGGAAAAGAUUCAUUGAGUAUGGCAGCUAGAGUUGGUGGGGAAACCAUUAAAGCACCAGGUAGGAUUUCUUAUUCUGAUCUAUACCAAGUUCCUAGCUAA